GUCCCUCCCCCGCAGUCACUCGGGGCACCGGCCACAGGAACGAUGGAGCUGGGCUGGUGGACGCAGUUGGGGCUCACUUUCCUGCAGCUUCUGCUCAUCUCAUCCUUGCCAAGAGAGUACACAGUCAUUAAUGAAGCCUGUCCCGGAGCCGAGUGGAAUAUCAUGUGUCGCGAGUGCUGUGAAUAUGAUCAGAUUGAAUGCGUCUGCCCUGGAAAGAAGGAAGUUGUGGGUUAUACCAUCCCUUGCUGCAGGAAUGAGGACAAUGAGUGUGACUCCUGCCUGAUUCACCCAGGUUGCACCAUCUUUGAAAACUGCAAGACCUGCCGAAAUGGCUCGUGGGGAGGCACACUGGACGACUUCUAUGUGAAGGGAUUCUACUGUGCGGAAUGCCGGGCGGGCUGGUACGGAGGAGACUGCAUGCGAUGUGGCCAGGUUCUGCGAGCCUCGAAAGGUCAGAUUUUUUUGGAGAGCUACCCACUAAAUGCUCACUGCGAAUGGACCAUUCAUGCCAAACCUGGGUUUAACAUCCAGCUAAGGUUUGUCAUGCUGAGCCUGGAGUUUGACUACAUGUGCCAGUAUGACUACGUGGAGGUCCGUGACGGCGACAACAGCGAUGGCCAGAUCAUCAAGCGUUUCUGUGGCAACGAGCGGCCAGCUCCCAUCAGGAGCACGGGCUCCUCGCUCCACGUCCUGUUCCAUUCAGACGGCUCCAAGAAUUUCGACGGCUUCCAUGCCGUUUUUGAAGAGAUCACAGCAUGUUCCUCGUCCCCUUGUUUCCAUGACGGCACGUGCCUCAUUGACCAAACGGGAUCUUACAGGUGUGCCUGCCUGGCAGGCUACACCGGGCGGCGCUGUGAAAAUCUCAUUGAAGAAAGAAACUGCUCAGACCCUGGGGGUCCAGUCAAUGGAUACAAGAAAAUAACAGGCGGCCCUGGGCUCAUCAAUGGGCGCCAUGCCAAAGUUGGCACCGUCUUCUCCUUCUUCUGUAACAGCUCGUAUGUUCUCAGUGGCAACGAGAACAGAACUUGCCAGCAGAGUGGAGAGUGGUCAGGGAAGCAGCCCAUCUGCAUAAAAGCCUGCCGGGAACCAAAGAUCUCAGACCUGGUGAGACGGAGAGUUCUUCCAAUGCAGGUUCAGUCCAGGGAGACCCCGUUACACCAGCUGUACUCAUCAACCUUCAGCAAGCAGAAACUGCAGGGUGUCCCUACCAAGAAGCCAGCCCUUCCCUUUGGAGACCUGCCCACUGGGUACCAACAUCUGCACACCCAGCUCCAGUAUGAAUGCAUCUCGCCUUUCUACCGCCGCCUGGGCAGCAGCCGGAGGACCUGUCUGAGAACUGGGAAGUGGAGUGGGCGUGCCCCGUCCUGUAUCCCUAGUGAGUCAAGGUUCAUCCUUAGGCUUGGGCAGCUUACGUCCUACAGGGCAGCCUGUGAAAAGUCAUUAACCCUUUUUGGGGGCGGGGGGAAGUUCCUUGCCCAAAGGAAUGCACCUGCCCACUGUGUAACUGACCUGGGGAAGGUCACCAUGGUCAAGACAGCAGACCUCAAAGUUGUGCUGGGGAAAUUCUACCGGGAUGAUGACCGGGAUGAGAAGACCAUCCAGAGCUUGCGGAUUUCUGCAAUCAUUCUGCACCCCAACUACGACCCCAUCCUGCUGGACGCUGACAUCGCCGUCCUGAAGCUCCUGGACAAGGCUCGCAUCAGCACCCGCGUCCAGCCCAUCUGCCUCGCGGCCACCCGGGACCUCAGCACCGCCUUCCAGGAGGCCCACAUCACCGUGGCCGGCUGGAACGUCCUGGCAGACGUGAGGAGCCCCGGCUACAAGAACGACAUGCUACGCUCGGGGGUGUUCAGGGUGGUGGACUCGCUGAUGUGUGAGGAGCAGCACGAAGAGCACGGCAUCCCAGUGAGUGUCACGGACAACAUGUUCUGUGCCAGCCGGGACCCCGCCGCCCCUUCCGACAUCUGCACGGCAGAGACGGGGGGCAUCGCGGCUGUGUCCUUCCCGGGACAGGCGUCCCCUGAGCCGCGCUGGCAUCUGGUGGGGCUGGUCAGCUGGAGCUACGACAAAACGUGCAGCCACAGCCUCUACACGGCCUUCAGCAAGGUGCUGCCCUUUAAGGACUGGAUCGAGAGAAACAUGAAGUGAGCUCAGGCCCACUGAGAGCGUGUCUGUGCCUCCGUGCAUGCGUGCGUGUGUUGCAUGAGGCAGAGUGGGCCUGAGGUGGGAUUCUGCCCUUGAAUUUGGCAGAGCCAGGGCUUCUGAUUUCAAGCACAGAGCUUGUGGAGGGUGAGGAGAGCUCAUGGAGGGUGAGGAGAGCUCGUGGAGGGUGAAUAGGCCUCUGCCUCCCUGGCUGCUCUGACCAUUUGGAAGACAUCUGCUUGUAAGAACUGGGUUGCUUCAAAAAAGACUAUGUGACCAGCAAAGAAAACAUCCCCAUUCAAAUGACCUGGUGGCCUUCCUCACCUGCCCUCCCAUCGUGCAAAUGUCAUGGCCAGCCCUGGUGGAGAAGGGUUGACCGGGAGGCCUGGGUUUCAUGAGGUCUCUUCCAAGGCUCCAUCCAUCCAGACCAAGCUCCAAGGAGCCGCCUAAGGGACAGCCCAGGACAGCGGAGCCUGGAUGAGAUGCUGACGGUGGCUUUUGUGCACAUGGCCACAGUACCGUGUGGUCCUGUUCCUUCCGCAUCUCCUGUACACAUUUGAAUAAAAUAAGGGUUGGCUUCUGACCUACAGGA